ACGAUAAACAAGGUUUAUUCGCGAGAAGCAAAAUGUCGAGACAAGAUUCACUUAUAUACACAGUAGAGGCUAGUUGACAUCCAGUACCGCGUUUGCUGUUGACCGCUCAUCAAAUUUAUAUUUAAUAUGGAUAAACUACAAGUUUUAAUAUUACUUGCUGUCAUUAGCUACGCAGCAUGCGGCGUCAAAUUCAGACGUCAAGCUGAAUCCAGUGAAGAGGAUCUCGAAGACAGAUACGGCUGGAACAGGCCUGACUUUGAUCCAUGGAGGAGACCAAACAACCAAUUCAAUCCCAACUUUAAUCCAUUCCCUAAUCAGAAUCAAAACAGGCCAAAUAUAAAUCAAAACAGGCCAAAUAUCAAUCAAAACAACAGGCCAAAUGCGAAUCAAAACAACAGGCCAAAUACGAGACCAACUGUUCCUACGACACCUCCACCCACUCAAGCCCCAAAUAACGGAGUAACAACCGAAUCUCCAGAAGUACAAAAUUGUAUCCGUAGCUGCCCAGUAACUCCUGAAUACAACCCAGUCUGUGGCUCAAACGGCCAAACCUACGACAAUCCUGGCAGGCUAUCUUGUGCUCAAUUGUGCGGAAUUAGUGUCACAUUGCUUCGUUCUUCGAGGUGUCCGGCCACUACUCCCGCACCAGCCUCGUAGAUUUUUCAAAUUAAUAUUAAGUUAAAUAAAUUAAGUCAUUUAAGUAAA